CGCUUCUCAUUAGAACAAAAUCUGUUGAAGAAGUUAAAAGUGAAUCGCAAGCUGUUAAAAAAAUAAGAUAUUAACAAAAAUGAAAGUUCUGGCAAUCGUGUUCUUUGUUGCUGUGGCUGCAGUUUGUGCAGUGCCUGUUGAUGAAACCAACAAGCAAGAUAACGUGGAUACUGUUGUCGUUUUGGAAGAUGAUUCUUCUCUUGACGUUGCUGAUAUCGAUGGUGGAUUAGUUCGUGAAAAGAGACAGUUUGGUGGUUAUGGUGGAUACGGUGGGCGAGGUGGAUAUGGAGGAUAUGGCCGAGGUGGAUAUGGCGGGUAUGGAGGUUACGGUCGUGGAGGAUAUGGAGGUUACGGUCGUGGAGGAUAUGGAGGAUAUGGCGGAUACGGACGAGGUGGAUACGGUGGAUAUGGAUUUGGCCGCUAAACACCAAAAUCACAAUCUCAUUUAUAUCACCAUGUUCAUUCAAUAAAGCUUUAAGUUUGCAAAUGUUAAAACAAUUUUCAUUUUAUUAGAACCAAUUAUUUACAUGAAAUCUAUCGACAGAGAUGAAAACGAAUUGAAUUAAGUAAAAGUGAAUGAUCGAUAAGAUGCCAUUACGGCUAUCAAAUAAAACAAACUUCCACCCUC